AUGGCUGAGCAAGGAUCUUCAUCUUCAUCGUCUUCGAUAUUAUCAAAAAUUAAGACGGAGGAGGUGGACGCUCCUCUUCAUUUAUUUGGUUUUGAGUUUGAAGUGUUGUCUCCCAACAAGGUCUCCGGUCGCCUCCUCAUCACCCCCAACUGUUGUCAGGCAUUCAAGGUGUUACAUGGAGGAGUGUCAGCUCUGAUAGCGGAGGCACUGGCGAGCAUAGGAGCCAUGAUUGCUUCGGGCUACCAAAGGGUGGCCGGAAUUCAACUGAGCAUCAACCACUUGAGGCCCGCCGAGUUGGGAGACCUUGUUCUUGCUCAAGCCACCCCUAUCAGUACUCUUGGCAAAACUAUUCAGGUGUGGGAGGUGCGAGUUUGGAAGACUGAUCCGAAUUCAAAGUCGGAAUCGGAGACAAACAAAUCAUUGGUAUCAAUAUCCAAGGUUUCCAUUGUGUGCAACAUGCCGGUGCCAGAACAUGCAAAACACACAAUCCAAACAUUCCAAAAGUAUUCAAAGUUGUGAGCCCCUAGUUCUACCAUGCAUAUAUGCUCUCAACGCCUAUAUGUGCACACGGAUCAAGAUUUUAUUUCAGCUGGGAAAUAAAUAGAGAAAAGAUCAUUUUAUUUUUAUUUUUAUUUUUUCACUAUUGUAAAAUUUCUCUAUAGGUACUAGAAAAUCUUUUAUUUUUUUUUUUCCCUUAAGUACAUCUUUUCAUGAGGCAUUCCAAAAUACCCAAA